GGCGGGGCUGCCGGCGCAGGACUGGCGGAAGCUGCGCUCGCGGCGGCCCCCGGUGAGUCCGCCCGCCGGCCCUGGGCUACCGACUCCUGGCCCGGUCGCCCGUCCUGCUUCCCAGGUCCAGGCCGUCGCAGGCACCAUGUCCGGCUACCCCAAAAGCUACAAUCCUUUCGACGACGACGUGGAGGACGAGGACACCCGGUCGCCGCCGUGGAAGGACGCCCGCGACCCUCCGGACGGGCCCGACGCGCCCAUGGACCGUCAGCAGUACCUGCGACAGGAGGUGCUGCGCAGGGCCGAGGCCACGGCCGCCAGCACCAGCAGGUCCUUGUCCCUCAUGUAUGAAUCGGAGAAGGUCGGAGUCGCCUCUUGCGAGGAGCUGGUCCGGCAGCGAGGAGUCCUAGAACACACUGAGAAGAUGGUGGACAAGAUGGAUCAGGAUUUGAAGAUAAGCCAGAAACAUAUCAACAGCAUUAAGAGUAUGUUUGGAGGAUUUAUCAACUACUUCAAAUCCAAACCAGUGGAGACUCCACCUGAACAGAAUGGCAGCAUCACCCCGCAGCCCAACAGCAGAUUGAAAGAAGCCAUAAAUACAAGUAAGGAUCAGGAAAGCAAGUACCAAGCCAGCCACCCAAACCUCAGAAGGCUGCAUGAUGAAGACCCGAUCCCCAGAGGGCCUGCUUCUGCUGAGAUGACUGAGGUUUACCCCAAGAACGCGAGCCUCCGAGCCUAUCACCACAAGAUUGACAGCAACUUGGAUGAGCUCUCCAUGGGAUUGGGCCGACUCAAGGACAUAGCCUUAGGAAUGCAGACGGAAAUUGAGGAGCAGGACGACAUUCUUGACCGGCUAACAACCAAAGUGGACAAGUUAGAUAUCAAUAUAAAAAGCACAGAAAAGAAAGUUCGGCAACUAUAAAGAAACUGAAAAGGAAUUCUCCUCCGUGGUGAUGAAAAGAUUCAAAAGCCUCUUUUAAACUCCUAAGAAAUGUUAUUGAUUACACAGUAUGUAAUUAACAUGUGUGUGUUCAGAUGUGGGUCUUAAGAAAUUUUAGUUUCAAUGGGAAAAAAUGUGUGUGUUCCACAUUUUGGUAAGAUCGGCAUGGCUACAAUCUGUGAGCUGUCUCUGAGUUGUAAUGUAAACAUGGUAGACCAGUUGUGAGCACCUUGAGCCUUCGAUUACAGUGCCGACAGAGAAGAGAACAUGGCAAUUUUUUCUUUCCAGUGUCUGCAAAGCUGUGGGCAGGAUCGUAACUGCUGCCUCUGCUUCCUCAUUUGCUGAGUCUCUCACUCCAAGGCCUUACUGUGAAUUCAGAUGUGAAGGGACCCUGGGUGUGUGGCAGAAGGAAGACUCCUCCCACAUGUUCAUGUCAGUCAUUGUUGACACGCCUGCACAUACACUGAGAAGGACCCACGAGAUCCAGAAGUGGGAUGUGUUGCCUUCAUUACUCCGCCUGUCCGUCCAUCCCCAUCCCUCCCUGUCUCCCCGUCUUCUCUUUUUUUCCUUAUUUCAGUAGACGGAUUCAGACCAGGACUGUUGGACAUGACACCUGCAAGUGUGCGGAAACCGGAUGAGCCCUCCUUCCCCACCUACUUACUGUCAUCUCAUACUUUCUGCUGGGGACAGCUUUUCUCCACUGGCUCAAGGCCAACCAGUUGGCCCCUGUGGAGUUUGUGGGCCUGGAGUAUCACACAAACAGGAACCUCUCCACUGAGCCCUCUGCCUGGGGAAUAGUACCAAGGCAGUGUUUAUUUGGUGCCUGGGGUCCCCUCAUCCACCUGGGACCCCACCCAUUCUCUGUGUUACCACAAAGUGCCCACCUGGUUUGAGGACUAAGAUCCCCAAAUGAUGCUGAUCUUCUAUGAGACGACUUGACCAAGAAGAAGCCCAGGUACCAUUUUAGCUAGCUAGUUCAUUCCCUUCUUCUUCCAAAAGAAAACAUCUAGACGCAUUAAUUAAAGUUGAUUCUAUAACAAUUUUUCCUUGUGUUGGUACUUCCAAUAAAAUCAUUGACGCCA